UUUGCCGUCAGUUGUAUUUCGGUUCGCGCCGCGAUCUGUCGCACAUUGGACAUAGAGUCGUCACCGCUUGCGAGAGCAACAGAGUCAUUAUCCCGAUCCCGAUACCGAUACUGAUCCCGAUCUCUAUAUCCUGUGCAGCGUAGUACGUGAAGCUACAAACGCUACAACCAGCUUCCCGGAAAAGAAAACUCACGCAACUCACCAGAAAAUGGCAAUGGCACGCUGCUCGGGAUGGCCUGCUGUGAUGGUCCUCCUGGCCUGUUUGGCCGGCAGUCAAUCCCUUCCGGAGUUUGGCGACGGCAGCAGCCCGAGCGUAACCGGAAAGCCAGCCCUGAUCCGGACGGAACUCCGCUUUGGCCGCAAUCUGGACCCCUCGAAGGUGCGGGUGGUGAACGUAAAGUCCAGCAAGGGCGAGGACGUGGAGAUUCUGGUGGGGAAGAACAGCCGCAAGGCCCGCGCUGAAGAGGCUGCUGGUUCCUUUUUCGUGCGCAGUGCGGACGUCAAGCGGCCCCCGAUGCGGCCGGCGGUCAAGGUCAGCGGCCGCCAGCUGACCUUCGAGCACAGCCCGGCGCUGCUCAAGCAGAGCGAGUUGGCCCAGCAGAUGGGCGACUACCGGCAGCGCAAGGCGGAGGCGGAGCAGCGCCACGCGAAGCACAUCCAGCUGCAGUUGGCCAAGGCGCAGAGCAAGGCGGUGGAGCUGCAGCACCAGGCGGUGCAGCAGGGGGAGUCGCGCCGUGGACGCCAGCUGGCCGCGGACGUAUCCUGGCAGCCGGCCUACGCCCAGUUCCCGACGCAUCCCGUUCCCCGCAGGAAUUUCUCCCUGGAGGUUGACCGCCAGUGGCAACCUUUCGCACUGCAGCAUUCCGUUGAGAUCCUGCCACGAGUGCAGCGACCGGCAGCCGGAUCCUCCGUUAGCUUCCCCACCAGGGACAUGGAGUUCGCCGCCUCCGACGUCCAUGAGCACUUCGCCGGCGACAGGGACACUCGGGCCUAUGGCUCCCAGGGUUACCGACCCCAGAACCUCAUCACCAAGCACAACUACAACUACAACGCCCUGCCGCAAAAGUCCAAGUACGUCACAUACAUGCCGCACUCCGUGGUGGUGACGGCCAGUGCGGGAGUGGCCACGCCCUCGGCGGGAGUCGCACACACGCGGCGUCCGGGUCAGGGCGGCCCCCACCACAAUCCCAUCGGACAGAGCACGCACAGCAUCGUGGACGGUCCCGCCGUGACGCUCAUCGAGGGCGUCCGAGUGCCGGACAGCGCCGAGGACAAGGUGAAGACCUGGCGCAACGCCCGCGUCCUGAACAACCAGCUGGUGCCAUAUCCCGAGGGCUACACGCCGCCGAGGGCGCAGAUGCCCAGCUUCGACCGGUAGAAGCAGAAGGGGACCAGGAAGGGAACCAGGAAGGGACCAGAAGGAUGUCGGUGUCGGGUGCUCAACGGUUACUGCUAUUUAUUGAUUUGUCUAUUGUUAAGCUAUUUAUAAACGUUGUAUAAAAGUUUGUCAAGGAA